UGCGGUAGCACAAAGCUGGAUAGACUGAAUCAAAACACCAGUCAUCCGCCUAACACACUGCAGCUCCCGGACGGACUCAGCUGUAUUCCCCCUCCCACACAUGACAAAAACAAAAAAACAAAAACUGCAAGAAUUAUUCCUCCCCAUGACUUGAUAGAAACUCAAACUUGCUUUUUCUCUGAUCGUUUUAAAACCUCACCUGUGCAGGCUGCUGGUGACCUUGGUGGUCUCUGAUAGGAUUUUCAGCAUUUUAUGCAAAAAAAUUACUCCGCUGUCUCCAUGGCUACAUGGGAUAGAAUAGAGGACUGUAUGCUUCGACGAGGCAGAUCGCAAAGCGACCCGAACAUCGUCACUGAAUCCGGUAUCGAUCUGCCACGGGGUUUAGAUCUAAUGGACCAGCAGAGGGCGCUGCAUUCCGCGGGACUGGUUACCGGGCUCCGCACGCCUCCUAUUGGCCGCAAGAGCAAGCUGGCCUCCCUGGGCCGGAUGUUUAAGCCAUGGAAAUGGAGGAAAAAGAAAAAUGAGAAGCUAAAGCAGAGCUCCACAGCUCUGGAGAAGAAGGCGGCAGUACGGCAGAACCGGGCAGAGCUUGUCAGAAAUGAGCGGUCAAGCGUGGCAGGGGCAGAUUUCGUACUGGCCUGUGCACAGGGCCCUCUGGAUUCAGACCCCUCUCAACAGGGCAGCUCUGACAUGGGGGAGAAGGAGGAGUGGACCCUGGAGGACAUGGACUCUGAUAAGGACUGCCCAUCAGCAGCAGGGAGGAUCAGUGCACAUCCCAGUGACGUACUGGGGAAACUCAACGCCGUUGCGGGAGUGCAAGACCAGCAGGAUGACUGUGCUGACACUGUUUCUGAGGGAAUUUGCGAAAACCACGAAGAGGAAGAAGAAGCCAGAGAAGACACAGCAGUGGGGGAUGCCGGUGCAGCCCCCCAGCCCAGUCUUGUUGCCAAAACGCUGCCCAAACACGGGACUAUGGAAGACUCAGGCAGAUUCUCCCAGUCCCCCCAGCAGAAGAUCUCUGCUUUCCCCAAAGACUCACCUACUCUGCGAGGACAGAGCUCCACCCCAACAGGGUCACCUCACCUGGCAAAGCUUCAUUCAUCACUGCCCCCUAGCUGCAUCAUUGAGGAACUGCAUCGUGCCCUAGCCACCAAGCACCGGCAGGACAGCUUUCGUGGGAGAGAAGGCCGCUCAUCUCCAAAGCGGCGAUCUGAGGUUCAGCUGUGCAGCGUAGAUCAGGGCAGAGCUGGAGAAGCUGAGAGCAGGAAGGACUGUGAGGAGAACAAGGAGAACCUGUGGCAGGACACCUUCCACAGAGAUGGCUUCUCAUUUGACCAAGACAGCUGGAACAACUCUGUCAUCUCUGGAACGCUGCCACGCAGGAUGAAGAAGGAGCUCCUAGCCGUGAAACUGCGAAACCGGCCCAGCAAACAGGAGCUGGAAGAGAGGAACAUCUUCCCCUCGCGCAGUGACCUGGAGCGGCAGCAGAUCCGGCAGCAGAUCGAGACCAAGCUCGCCAAGAGAUUAAGUCAACGGCCAGCUGUCGAAGAGUUGGAAAGCAGAAAUAUUUUAAAACAGAGGAAUGAUCAGACAGAACAGGAAGAGAGGAGGGAAAUUAAACAGCGGCUCAACAGAAAGCUCAACCAGCGGCCUACAGUAGAUGAACUGCGGGACAGAAAAAUUCUGAUCCGCUUCAGUGAUUACGUAGAGGUGGCUAAAGCUCAGGACUACGACAGGCGUGCAGACAAGCCUUGGACCAGGUUGUCUGCAUCUGACAAGGCGGCAAUACGGAAGGAGCUGAACGAGUUCAAAAGCAACGAAAUGGAAGUGCACGCAUCCAGCAAACACUUGACGAGGUUUCACAGACCAUAAGAGAUGUUUCUUCUGUGAAGAACUACUAAGCCCUGUCUCACCGGGGAGCGCCUGGAGAGGAUUCUUCCAGUGCCUUGGCCCAUUCCUUGGGUGGUCAUGAUACUCUGGUAGAUGGUUUUAUGGUUGAUGCUGCCUGGAAGAGAUGCACUAUGGUGCACUGAGCAAUCUAACCAGGUUUAAAGUGGGCAGAAAGAGAGAGCGAAGGCAUAAACGAGGACUCUUCUGGACAGAGUGCAUCCAUUCUUGGAACAAACUGUGCAUGUCACCAGCUUUCCUACCCUUGAAAAAAUAGUCCCAGGGGCAUGGGCUCAAUUCUGAGCAAAUUUCAUACUGUAUAAAUACCAAUCUUGAAAGAAUUGUCAUUAUUGUCAUAAUGAUUACUUUGUAUAUUUGUGUGCAAAAUAAGAAUUUUUUAAAAGUCAAUAAAAACAAGAUCCUUUUGUGUUA